UUCUCGUUAGCGGGAAUCGAUCCGGGCGCCGCGGGCAGAACCGGCGGGGCGCGGGCCCUGAGCGAAGAUGGAGGCCCCGCUGCGGCCUGUCGCGGACAUCCUGAGGCGGAACCCGCAGCAGGACUACGAGCUCGUUCAGAGGGUCGGCAGCGGCACCUACGGAGACGUCUAUAAGGCUAGAAAUAUUCAUACAGGAGAGUUGGCUGCAGUAAAAAUUAUCAAAUUGGAGCCUGGAGAUGAUUUUUCUUUGAUUCAACAAGAAAUAUUUAUGGUUAAAGAAUGUAAACAUUGCAACAUUGUUGCCUACUUUGGGAGCUAUCUCAGUCGAGAAAAACUGUGGAUUUGUAUGGAAUACUGUGGUGGCGGAUCACUUCAAGAUAUUUACCAUGUUACUGGGCCAUUAUCAGAAUUGCAGAUAGCCUAUGUAUGCAGAGAAACUUUACAGGGUCUUGCCUAUUUGCAUACUAAAGGCAAAAUGCAUAGAGAUAUCAAAGGUGCAAAUAUUUUAUUGACAGAUCAUGGUGAUGUAAAAUUAGCUGACUUUGGUGUGGCUGCAAAAAUAACAGCUACCAUUGCAAAGAGAAAAUCUUUCAUUGGCACCCCUUACUGGAUGGCCCCAGAAGUUGCAGCAGUAGAAAAGAAUGGCGGCUACAAACCAACUCUGGGAUAUCUGGGGCAAGUAGGAAUAACAGCAAUUGAACUUGGAGAGCUUCAACCACCUAUGUUUGAUCUCCAUCCAAUGAGGGCCCUCUUCUUAAUGUCAAAAAGUAAUUUUCAGCCUCCAAAACUAAAGGACAAAACAAAAUGGUAAGGUCAUCAACAUUCCAUUAAUUUUGUCAAAAUAGCACUAACCAAAAACCCCAAAAAAAGACCAACUGCUGAAAGACUUCUGACUCAUACAUUUGUAGGGCAGCCAGGUCUGUCUACCCUCGCAGUUGAACUGCUGGACAAAGUGAAUAAUCCAGACAACCAUGCACACUACACUGAAGGAGAUGAUGAUGACUUUGAGCCCCAUGCAAUCAUUCGUCAUACCAUUAGAUCUACAAACAGGAAUGCCAGAGCUGAACGGACAGCUUCAGAAAUAAAUUUUGACAAAUUACAGUUCGAACCUCCUCUGAGAAAAGAAACAGAAGCACGGGAUGAAAUGGGAGUGUCAUCAGACCCAAACUUUGUAUUACAAUGGAAUCCUUUUGUUGAUGGUGCAAAUACUGGCAAAUCAACCUCAAAACGUGCAAUACCACCUCCCCUACCUCCUAAGCCAAGGUUAAACAGCUACCCUGAAGACAGCCUCCUAGAUGAAGAAAAAUCAUCAACUGUAAAACGUUGCCCUGAUUCAGAGAACAGAGCUCCCCAGUUUCUCAGAAGACAGAGUAGCCCAAGUUGUGGUCCUGUAGCUGAGACUUCCUCUAUUGGAGAUGGUGAUGGUAUUUCAAAACUAAUUAGUGAAAAUACAGAAGGAUCAGCACAAGCACCCCAGUUACCACGGAAAAAGGACAAGCGAGAUUUCCCGAAACCAGCCAUCAAUGGCCUUCCACCCACUCCAAAAGUGCUGAUGGGAGCAUGUUUUUCCAAAGUUUUUGAUGGCUGCCCUUUGAAAAUUAAUUGUGCAACAUCUUGGAUACAUCCUGAUACAAAAGAUCAGUACAUUAUUUUUGGAACUGAAGAUGGUAUUUACACAUUGAAUCUCAAUGAGCUACAUGAGGCAACGAUGGAACAGUUAUUUCCACGGAAGUGUACUUGGCUCUAUGUUAUCAAUAAUACUUUAAUGUCAUUAUCAGAAGGAAAAACCUUUCAACUCUACUCUCAUAAUCUUAUAGCUUUGUUUGAACAAGCCAAAAAACCAGGAUUAGCUGCCCAUAUUCAAACUCAUAGGUUUCCAGACCGCAUACUACCAAGAAAGUUUGCUUUAACAACAAAGAUUCCUGAUACAAAAGGCUGCCACAAAUGUUGCAUAGUCAGAAACCCUUACACAGGACAUAAAUACCUCUGUGGAGCUUUACAGUCUGGAAUUGUUUUACUCCAGUGGUAUGAGCCUAUGCAGAAGUUCAUGUUGAUAAAGCACUUUGAUUUUCCUUUGCCAAGUCCUUUGAAUGUUUUUGAAAUGCUGGUAAUACCAGAACAGGAAUACCCUAUGGUCUGUGUAGCUAUUAGCAAGGGCACCGAGUCAAAUCAGGUCGUUCAGUUUGAGACAAUCAAUUUGAACUCUGCAUCUUCAUGGUUUACAGAAAUUGGCGCAGGCAGCCAACAGCUGGAUUCCAUUCAUGUAACACAGUUGGAGAGAGAUACCGUUUUAGUGUGUUUAGAUAAAUUUGUAAAAAUAGUAAAUCUACAAGGAAAACUAAAAUCAAGUAAGAAACUGGCCUCUGAGCUAAGUUUUGAUUUUCGCAUUGAAUCUGUAGUAUGCCUUCAAGAUAGUGUGUUGGCUUUCUGGAAACAUGGAAUGCAGGGUAAAAGCUUCAAGUCAGAUGAGGUUACCCAGGAAAUUUCAGACGAAACAAGAGUUUUCCGCUUAUUGGGAUCAGACAGGGUUGUCGUUUUGGAAAGUAGGCCAACAGAAAAUCCUACUGCACACAGCAAUCUGUACAUCUUGGCUGGACAUGAGAAUAGUUACUAAACACCAAAACUAUCUCCAGUGACAGGAAAAUGAGUAUACUCCAUUGAAAGCAAAACUCUCUUAAGUUCAGUACAAACUACACUAGGAUUUACUUUAGCUCUUAAUGGGUUCUAUCUCAAGUGAUCUGUACUUUAAGGUGGAAUUCAAUAUUUCUGUAGCUGGAAACAGCGAUUCUAUCUUGCCACUGUGUGGUGGUUAUAUCAAGUUUGCUUAAUAAAAGCUAUGAGACAAAUAGUCCUCUAGUUCCAGGAAACACAGUCUUUUUAAAAAAAAUAAUGUUUGUAACAAGGGUGCCAUGAUAUUUUUAGAUAACAGCUCACGUGAUUAUCUUCAGAAAGAUAAAUUUAGUGACAGUUUUCUUGUUUUAUACCAUGUUUGAUUCCUUCUUAAUGAACAUAAUUUGAUAAAGAAAUUAUCAAAGAAGCCUUUCACUUUUACAUUGGCCAUUCUGUAUGUUUUUGUAAAAUAGAAUAUUUAAUCCUUAUUUAUUAAUCUCUUGCUGGAGUGGUGUAAUGUAUGUAACUUUUAGCAGAGGAGGGUUUCAGAGCAGCUUAAUUUUUUUAUAAUGUAUAAAAAUUUUGUUUACCUUCCAAGAGUAGUACUUUGAGGGGUUAAAGGCAGAGUGUUUGGGUUCAGUACAUACAUGCAGUUUUACUUAAUACAAGUAUUUUAUAAUACAGUAUCAUCCAGAAUCGCCUUAAAAGGGAGUUUUGUGUUUUCAAUUAUAGAUAGCUGCAGGGGGUCAUACAGAAGAUACUGAUAAUGGCUGAAGGAUUGUUAAAGGGGUAUGUAUGUCUAGAUGUGACUACCAUGUGUAUGUAUUCUCGACAAGCAGUAUAAUAUACCUGUGAUUUUUUUUUUACAUUAGGGAUAAUGCAUAAUAAAUUAAUAUUCAUAUAUAUUAUCAUCCCGAAUGUAAGGGGGGAUGUAUUUAACUGCCCAUGAUAUGUAUUUUACUUAUACUGUACCACAGGGGAAACUGUAAAGCAGCUACAUGUGUAAUCUUGGGUUUUUUCACAUAUGUAGGUAUUCAUUUUGAGUAGGUUUAAGAAAAAAAAUAUUUAAAUGAAAUUGAAUUCCUGAUGGGAUAGUAUAAACAAGUAUUAUAAAAACCAGUAUUCUGAAAAUAAGAAAGGAUAGGGCCAUUUUUGAGUUUGCUUCUCUUUUGCUAUUGUUAGUACUCAGAGUUGAAGUGUCACAUUGGUACCUGUUGUCCUAACA